AUGAAUGAUGGUGCUUUUCGUGCUCCAAGUAUCCGGAAGCCGAAUGAAGAACAAGACAUGGAUGCGGUCAUUUGCUACAUCGACAAUCUUCCAGACUCGAUUCUCGAACACAUCUUGUCUAUUGUUCCGAUGAAGGAUGCUGUCGGAACGUGCGUGCUGUCGAAAAAGUGGCGAUCUCUCUGGACCUCUCAUCCUAAUCUUGAAUUAUGCGAGUGGCGCUUUUCCAGGAGGGAGCAUUUUACCAACUUCACAGAAAGAGUACUUCUCCGAGGCUCCUAUCGCAUAAAACGGUUUGACCUGAGUUUUAAAGUUUUGGGCGAUUCAUCGCUUGUUAAUUUAUGGGUAUCUGCUGCUGUAGAACGGAAUGUCAAAGAGUGCUUUGUCUCCCUUAAAGAUAUCCCAGGAAAUUUCGUCUUGCCUUGCUGCUUGUUCACUUGCUCAACACUGACUCGCUUGAAGUUAUUCAUCUCGGGGGCAUUGAAACUACCUUCUUGCAUUUUCCUUCCGAAUCUUAAACUCUUGCUUCUCGUGAGCAUCACCUUUGUGGACGAGGGCUCGACCGAGCAGCUGUUAUCUAGCCCAGUGCUUGAGGAGUUGACCAUCACCAACUGUAAUUGGGAUAAUCUCAAGACACUGACUAUUCGUGCACCCAUGCUGAAGAUCUUGACCAUAAUCGACAAGGAUUUCGGUUAUUUGUCACCUCACCCAUAUAGCUGUCGAGUUUUGAUUUAUGGAAAUAAUCUCGAAAGGAUGCAUUGCAGAAGUCCAUUCCUGAAUGAUUAUCAGGUCGAUAAGUCAUGCUCACUAGUGGAGGCACACAUCAGUUUCCAUAAAUGGCAUCUAAGUAAGACUGGACUUGUUGCCUACCGUCUACACAAGCUUCUCAAAGCGAUGUGUUCCGUCAAAAAAUUGACACUGUCGAGCCUGGCUGUCCAGGUUCUAAGUAGUGUGGAUGAGCUCUGCUCGCAUCUGCCUGUCUUUCCUAAUCUGAAGUUAUUGGACUUCGGGCGUUUAGACUUGAAACUUCAAGUGAUAAUUAAGUUGCUGCAUAAUGCCCCGCAUCUUGAAACGCUUAAAUUGAGCGAGGGUAUCGGAGUAUAUAGUGAUGACGAAGAUCGUGCAGAAUUGGAUCCCGCACCGCACUGUUUCGGCUCACACCUUAGGCAGAUUGAAUUAUCUGAUCUUUGGAAAGAGCAAGUGACUCUUUCUCUUUGGAAAGAGGAGACAGUUUCUUUCCUAUUCAGAAAACAAAAAGCACAAAAAGAAAUGAGAAUUUUCUUCUCUGUUCCUCUGUCAUCUGUUGUUCGAGGGCAGUUUGCUCCACUGAAGGGCUUCUGGCUCAUGGAAUGA